ACAGAGAGGCACACAGAGGCGCAGCUGCGCGGUGCCUGCGGCAUUGUCCCCGGUGCCAGGCUCAGCGUGGCACGCGCGUCCCGGCGUCCCCGCGGCAGCGUUGGCCUCUGCCGGACGUUCCCCGGUUGUGGCGGCUCUCGGCACCAUGCUGUGCCGCAGCCAGUGCGGCCGCGCGACCGUGGCGCGGGGCUCGGCGCUGGAGAUGGAGAUCCGGCGCGGGCGCUGCCGCCUCAGCGUCCUCGACGACUGCGCCCAGGACACGGAGAUGCAGCGGCAGAUGGAGCGGGAGCUGCGGCUGCGGGAGGGCGCGUGCAAGCUGCUGGCGGCGAGCAGCCGGCCCGAGCAGGCGCUGGGCGCGGCCAAGAGCCUGCUGGUGUGCAACGCCCGCCUGCUGGCCUGCAUGGCCGAGCUGCAGCGCAGGAAGGAGGCGCAGCUGCUGCGCCGCGCCGCGCGGCGCCCCUCGGACACCGGCGCCGGGGACGAGCGCCUGCCGUGCCGCGGCACCGUCUGCAUCUCCGAUCUGCGCAUCCCCCUGAUGUGGAAGGACACGGAAUACUUCCGGAACAAAGGGGAACUGCACCGCGUGGCUGUGUUCCUGCUGCUGCAGUUGGGGGCCGAGGUGGUGGACACCCCCCUACUCGUGGCCGACCGCACCCGCACCGACCUCUGCUUCGACAGCCCCCUCCUCUUCUCGGAGGCGGGUCCGGAUUUCGAGCUGAAGGUGGAGCUGUACAGCGCGGGGUUGGGGGGCGAUGGGGCGCCGGGCAGUGCCCCCCGCAAGUUGGCCACCCGGCUCAGCACCUCGCUGGGGCGCUCGGCGGGGAAGCGCGCGCGCGCCGCCAUGGAGGGGGGCCCCGGCAGCCCCCCCGGUAACGGCAGCACCGGAGCGCUGCUGCUGCCGACCCCCAGCGUGCCGGGCCCCAAAUUCCAUCUCCUGGCGCACACCGUCCUCUCCCUCGCUGAGGUGCAGGAUGGGUUCCGCACACACGCCUCUCCAUCGCCGAGCGCGUGUUGGCUGCCGCUCUACGGGAGCAUGUGCUGCCGCCUCGCCGCGCAGCCCCGCUGCAUGGCACUGCCCGUCCGCAGCGGCUUCCUGCGGCUCCAGCACCCCGGGGCCGAGGCGCCCAGCGGGGAACGGCUCUUCUGCGUCCUGCGCGGCACCGACCUCCUGUGCUACCGCGAGCCCGGCGACGCCGAGGCCGGACUGGAACCAGCGCUCACCAUCGCCGUCAACAAGGAGACGCGGGUGCGGGGCACGGAGCGGGAGGGCCGCGGGCAGCCCCCCGGGAUGGCGGUCACCAACUGCCUCGGGGGCGAAGAGGUGACCCACACGCUGCUGGCGGAGAGCCGCGCCGAGGCCCAGCGCUGGAUGGAGGCCUUCUGGCAGCACUUCUACGACAUGAGUCAGUGGAAGCAGUGCUGUGAGGAGCUGAUGCGGAUCGAGGUGCCGCCCCCGCGCCCGCUGCCGCGCCAGGGAUCGCUCUACCACGAGAUGGGUGAGUGGGGGGCCGGGGGGGCUCUGUGCCUCUGCUCCGGCUCGGCUCGCUGCCGGCGCCCGCUCCUGCGCCUAACGCUGCUCUUCUCUCCGCUGCCCGGACCCCCUGACCCACAUUUCUCCAUGCGCCCCAUUUCUCCAUGCGCCCCAUUUUUCCAUGUGCCCCAUUUCUCCAUGCGUCCCCCAUCUCUGCCCCAUCUCUCUCUCUCCAUGCGCCUUCCAUCUCUCCCUCUCCACCACCUCUCUCCUCAUCUCUCUCUCUCCCCAUCUCUCCAUCUCUGCUUCCUCUCUCUGCCCCCCGAGAACGCCGUCUCGGCCGAGAUCCGCGCGCUGCUCUCCUCCUAUUACAGCGACAGGUGA